AUGGCUAGGGGCUCGGAGUUAGCACCACUGCUGCUGCUGCUGCUGCUGGCGGUGGUGACCCGCUUAUGCGUGGCACAGAUCAACUGCACGUGCCCCACCAACAAGAUGACCAUCUGCAGCUCAGAUGGCCCAGGUGGCGUCUGCCAGUGCCGGGCAAUCGGCUCACAGGUGUUAGUCGACUGCUCCACGCUGACUUCCAAGUGCCUGCUGCUCAAGGCGCGCAUGAACUCCCGGAAGAGUGGUCGCAGCCUGGUGAAGCCCAGCGAGCACGCGAUCCUGGAUAACGACGGCCUCUAUGACCCAGAAUGCGACGACAAGGGUCACUUCAAGGCACGCCAGUGCAACCAGACCUCCGUGUGCUGGUGUGUAAACUCGGUGGGCGUUCGCCGCACGGACAAGGGAGACCUGAACCUGCGCUGCGACGAAGUGGUGCGCACCCACCACAUCCUCAUUGAGUUGCGCCACCGCCAGACCGACCGAGCCUUCAACCACUCUGACCUGGACUCGGAGUUGCGGCGGCUCUUCAAGGAGCGCUACCAGCUGCGUCCCAACUUUCUGUCGGCCAUUCACUACGAGGAGCCCAUCAUCCAGAUUGAGCUGCGGCAGAACGCAUCGCAAAAGGGGCUGAGAGACGUGGACAUAGCUGACGCCGCCUACUACUUCGAGAGGGACAUCAAAGGCGAGUCGCUGUUCGCUGGCCGCCGGGGCCUGGAUGUGCAGGUGCGUGGGGAGCCCCUGCACGUGGAGCAGACGCUCAUCUACUACUUGGAUGAGAAGCCCCCCCAGUUCUCCAUGAAGCGCCUCACUGCCGGCCUCAUCGCUGUCAUCGCUGUGGUUGUAGUGGCGCUAGUGGCUGGUGUGGUCGUCUUGGUGAUCACCAACCGGAGGAAGUCAGGAAAGUAUAGAAAGGUGGAGCUAAAGGAGCUGGGGGAGAUGAGACGCGAACCCAGUUUGUAG